UUUCCAAAACCACUGGUCCAUGUGUUUUUAAUUAGCCUUCGUGUUAGUUCUUAUUUACUACCCCUACAUCUCCAGUCCCACCCACUCUCUCACUCACUCUGUCUCUCUCUUUAUCCCCGUUUCCCUCUUUCCGCUUAUAUGUUGUGAAAGAUCAGUUCAGUCAUGAAGAGAGCACUUCACGGAGGAGCAUUUGAGGUUAUGGUCGCCCUUGACAACCAGCUGUCAAUAGUAAAAUGAGUGACGUCACCGCUGGGGGAUUUUCCACCAAAAAAAAGGAGCGAAAGAGCUGCACGGGAAAUGUGCCAGCCCCCUUUCACUGGAACGGCUGCCAAUAGGCGGCGUGAAGUAGCCGAGGAGCGCCAAUCGUCGUAAAGCAGGGAACAGCGAGUGUUCCUGGCUGUCAAGUUCAACCCAAUCAGGAGGCGGCGCUGUGGUUCGCGGCGUGGGCGGAAUCCCCUCGGUCAAUGUAGCAAUCGGAGAGAGUAACACACGUGGGUCAUGCACGGGCUGCUAUUGACUGUGACAUCCACAACAAUUCCGCCCGCUGCUCUGGAGUAAGACACAGACCGUGAGCAGGCGAUGCCGCCGCUAUGACACAUUCUGCCGCUGGUCAGUCGCUGGGAUGAUGUCUCGGAGAACUAUUUUACCUCGCUUCCCGGUAGCUCUAAGCAGUGCGUUAUUCAACUAGAUAACAAUAAUACCUCUAUCCCCAUCUUUCUCGUUUCUCGAGCGACUGGUGUCGGAUUAGAGUUCGGCUCAUCUAAUCUGCCGUAAUCUCGACUAAAUCUAUCUAAUUGUGCCGGCAAAGCACAUCCCCGGAGUUUGGUUGUUCUGUGCUGGGAACAGAGAUCCACGGCCGCGAACCCGAGAAACGAUUCUGCAGCAGCGCAUCCUGACGGACAGAGACCUUGGAUAAGCACCAAGCGCCUAGCGACCUAUAGUCAUAGCAACAGGUUGCCAAGUACUACAUACUACGAAUUUGGGAGAGGAAUACUACUCGAGGCUUGACAACAUGUCACCAGUCGAGGAACGGGAUGGCAGAGUGUGGAUGGGAAUCACAGCACCGACUGUGUGACCUGCUACGUCUUUUUUCUUCUUCUAAUCCGGCAUUUAACGUUGAAUGAGACGGCGAAUUUACGAACGUGCCCCGGAUAACCCGCGCGCUGUGGCAGCUGGCACGGCGAAUGACACAUUCUUACAUUAUUGGCAAAGGAGACCGUGGGCGCCUCCCGCUUUCCGCGUGGGGAGGGGGGAUUUUGGCUGCCGUUCCCUACUCGUAGUGAGGGUUUUGUCUUGUAUGAGGAGAGAAUAUAAAAUCGCCACAUUCCCUUCAAUGCCUAUGGAUUAACGCGGGGAGAAGAGGCGCUAGUUUUGGCUAGUCUUGUCGCAGCUCGCGGUCUCCCCCCCCUCCCCCCUGCAAAACCUGUUCUGGAGGGAGUGAUUUCGUUCAAGCUUCGCCCAAUUAUCUGAUAGCAGCAUUUAUUAAACCCCAUAACCCAAGCGCGUCAUCCUUUUACAAUCACGGCGCUAGGUUGUGUGUGUGUGUGUGUAUAGGACUGCGAAGGCAAGAACAAAACAAUUUUUUUUUGUAACUUUUUUUUUGGAAAAUCAUUAGAACAGCGCUAAAUAUAAAAAAAAAAUAAAAAAACACUGAGGUGAAAUGACAUAUCUGAUCGGGGCUAGGACGCUUGGGAUGGAAGAGGCUUCAGCGGACCGGAGCUGCUUGGCUGAUUUUGUCUGGAAUUCUGCCGCUUUAUAAAUGAUUCACGCGACCCGAUUUUUUUUAAAGAGUCUAAUUGUCAUCACGGUGGGAUAUUAGCAGUUGCGUGAGUGUGCUCCAGCGCGUGCAUCGCCAGUUACGAAUUGCCGAGGUGACGGCGAUCUCUAGACUUGGGGGGACAAAUUGGGAAAAUACCCUUUCAAAACGAAGUACGUGUAUCUUUAUUGAUUGGUCUUUGUUUCUUUUCACAUUUUUUGUGGAUCUUUUUUGACUGCUUGCGACCAGACCUUCUUCGCUGACUGAAUGAUCAUCUGUUGCUGCAACCGGCGCGAUUAAGAAGGGAUACAUGUUUUUUUAUUUCAUCAUUGACAGGAUCUUGGAUUCGGUGUAACUGUGGAAUGUAGAGGCUGAAUUUAUAAUUUUACGACUUUUACCAUUUCGGGGACUAGAAUUUCAGAGAGAUUGGAGACGAAAAUGGGAGAAAGAAUAUUACUACUGUUGUUGCUACUGUUGUCGUUGCAUGUCAGUCUCUGAUACUGCAGGCUAGCCGUACAUAAUGGUUCUUCCCGACGCUGCCGGCUUCUUUGAGAUACUCGCCUAAUUCCUUAUCAAACCAGACUGUAUCAUCUCUGCUGAGGAACGGGGUUUUUGACGUUUAGCAUUAGGAACAAUAAUCAAAAACGCCCGCUGGAUUUAUUUAAACAAAUUUUCCACCCCUGUCGGUCCUGUGUAAUUGAGGAUAAAUGUUGAUGAUGGAGGAGGACAACGAACUGGAGGCGCAUCAGGUUGAAAUCGAUCCCGAUUUCGAGCCACAAAGCCGGCCGCGGUCCUGCACCUGGCCGCUGCCAUGUCCGGAGGAUUUCCCCGGAGGAGACGAGGUUACCGGGGGUCUCCCACUGUCUUCCAUAAAGGUGGAGCCGGAUAAUGUUCCCGCAUGCAGAGGCGAGCGAAGCGGCGGCGCGCCGGCGGAACUGAAACAUCCAGCCGGCGCCCCGGCUCCCGCUGCCGGCGCCCUCCCGUGCCUGGCCGGCGCUGCGCUCGACGUGGCCGGUCAGUUGCGCAAAGCCAAGUCCUCGAGGCGAAACGCGUGGGGUAACCAGUCCUACGCGGACCUCAUUACCCGGGCCAUCGAAAGCACCCCGGAAAAAAGACUCACGCUGUCACAAAUAUACGACUGGAUGGUCCGAUUCGUUCCCUAUUUCAAGGAUAAAGGAGACAGCAACAGCUCGGCGGGCUGGAAGAACUCCAUCCGGCACAACCUGUCCCUGCACACUCGUUUCAUUCGCGUGCAGAACGAGGGCACGGGGAAGAGCUCCUGGUGGAUGCUGAACCCGGAGGGGGGCAAGGCGGGCAAGGCGCCGCGCCGCCGGGCCGUCUCCAUGGACAACAGCGCCAAGUACCUGAAGAGCAAAGGGCGAAUCAGCCGCAAAAAGGUGGCGGCGGGCCGGGCGGGGCUGGGGGCGGGGCUGCAGGGCUCUCCGGAGCAGGGCAGCCCCGCGGGGAAGGGCGGGGCGGCGGUGGGGGGCGGGGGCGGGGGCGGGGCGGAGGAGUUCGACGCCUGGACGGACCUGCACUCCCGGGGCAGCUCGUCCACCUCCACGCUGAGCGGCCGGCUCUCCCCCAUCCUGGCGGAGGCGGAGCUGGAGGAGGGGGAGGAGGAGGGGGGCGUGUCCUGCUCCGCCUCCCCGCGGCUGUACCCCAGCCCCUCCAGCGCCCGCUCGCCCGCGCUGGGCUGCCCCGCCGUGGAGCUGCCGCAGCUCACCGACCUCGCCGGCGCCAUCAGCCUGGAGGACCGUCUCCUGGACGACGGCUACCGCCAGCCCGCCCGCCACAAGCGCCCCGCCUUCCGCUACGGCCCGGCGGGCGGGGCCGGGGGCGGGGCGGUGUACGGCCAGCCCGCCCUCGGCAUGCUGCGGCACCACUCCCCCAUGCAGACCAUCCAGGAGAACAAGCCGGCCAGCUUCCAGGGGUCCCUGCGGGGGUACGGGGGCGGGAACGCCCUGCAGAACCUGCUCACCGCCCCCCAGUACUGCCCCAAGGACAUGAUGAUGCGGCCCGAGGGGGCGGAGCCAAGAGGCAUGAUGGCCCCGCCCACAUCCAGCAAUGGGGUGGGGUCACAUAAUCAUAGCCACACCCACAACCAUCACCCUGGUCACCACCACAACCCCGCCCACAACCACAACCCCACCCACAACCAUAACCCCGCCCACAACCACAAUCCAACCCACAACCAUAACCCCGCCCACAACCACAACCCAGCCCACAACCAUAACCCCGCCCACAACCACAAUCCAGCCCACAACCAUAACCCCGCCCACAAUCACAACCCCACCCACAACCACAAUCACAACCCCGCCCACAACCACAACCACCCUCACAACCACAACCCCAACCCCAGCCAGAACCACGCCCACUUGCACGGUGGUCGUCCCCGGCAACAGCCCCCUGCCCCCAGGGUGGGGGGGGGUCUCUUGCAGCAGCAGCCCUACGGCCUCAAGGCCCCUCCCGACCUGUACAGCACCCCCUCCCACGCCCACGCCCACCUGCCCGCCUCCACCGCCCUGCCCCCCAACCCGGCCGGCAUGCUGGGGGCCCCCCAGGACUCCUGUCACCUGGCAACUGCCCCCCACCCCCGCCACCAGCCGCCGUACCACAGUGUCCACGGUCACCACCACCACCAGGACAUGGCCGACGGCCGGCUCGGCCUCUACCACCACCACCACCACCCCCCCGGCGGGGGCGGGGGCGGGGCGGGCGGUUACCACGGUUACCACCACCCGUACCACCCCCACCCGCACCACCCCCACGAGCGGCUGCCCGCCGACCUGGACCUGGACAUCUUCCACGGAAGCCUGGACUGCGACGUGGAGUCCAUCCUGCUCAACGACUUCAUGGACGCGGACGAGAUGAUGGACUUCAACUUCGACUGCUCCCUGUCCCAGGGGGUGGGCAUGGGCAUGGGGGUGGGCAUGGGGGUGGGGAUGGGCGUGGGGGUGGGCAUGGGGAUGGGCGGGCUGACCGGCCCCCAGCAGACCCACAACAACCAGAGCUGGGUUCCGGGGUGAAGACCCCUCCUCCCUCGCCCGUGCCCCGCCCAACCAACCCCCCCCCACCCCCGAAAAACAGCCCGCGGCGGCAGGGGACAUUACCCACAAGCCCCGAAAGCUGUUGCCGGUGGGGGUGCCCCCCUCCCUCCGCCCCACCCCCGGGUGAACUGGCAGUUCCCGGCACUGCGCUUUCUGACUGCGAAUCUUCAGAUAAAACUGGAGUAAAAAAGAGAAAAAAUGGACUGAAACGCAGUCCCAAACAAAAUGCCCUCAACUGAUCUGUCUGUUGUUCCUCCCCCCCCCCACCCCCCCCACCCCAUCCCGUCCUGGUUUUUGCUGUCUUAUUUUGGUUUGUGGGAACAGUCGUGCUGUGAUGACAAUCUCAGAUGUUGCAACAAAACCCCUUCCCAAAUCUUCACCUAAAAACCCCUUCCCAAAUCUUCACCUAAAAACCCCCUUCCCAAAUCUUCACCUAAAAACCCCUUCCCAAAUCUUCACCUGAAAAACCCCAUCCCAAAUCUUCACCUAAAAAACCCCAUCCCAAAUCUUCACCUAAAAAACCCCAUCCCAAAUCUUCACCUAAAAAACCCCUUCCCAAAUCUUCACCUAAAAAACCCCUUCCCAAAUCUUCACCUAAAAACCCCUUCCCAAAUCUUCACCUGAAAAACCCCUUCCCAAAUCUUCACCUAAAAACCCCUUCCCUAGCUCUACCGCAAAACCCCUUCCCAAACUGUACCGAGAACCCCCACAGGCAACCGUCCAGCCGCACCCCCCCGCCCCCGCCCCCGCCCCCCCGGAUGCGCUCAAGCACUUUAAACACGUAGAACACCGCAGAGGGGGGGCUUGUCCCGAACACCACACUUCCUGUCUCCACAACGGCGAAAAACAUGGCACCAAAAAAGAUUGCAUACGCUCUCUCUCGCUCCCUCUAUCGCUCUCUUCCCCACUUUCUCUCUCCCUCUCUCUCUCCCUCGCUCUCUCUCUCUCUCUCUAUCACUCUCUUCCCGACUUUCACUCUCCCUCUCUCUCUCUCCCUCCCUUUCUCUUUCCCCCCUCUCUCUAUCUUUCUCUCUUUCUGACUCUCCCCUCACAAAAGAACAGGACUAUAUGACACAUGAGUUUCCCGAAAAAGAAAAGAAAUUUUAAAUAAGCACUAAACUGGUUUGUGGAUCUGUCAGUGUAGUUGCCUGUCU